AUGGCUCGAAGCAACACCAAAGCAGAUGCGUCACCGCCAUCGCAGGCGCUCCCAAGCGACGCUGAGAUGAUCGCGCUGUUCAAAGACGCACCAGACACAGUCCUGAAGCAGAUCAGCUCGAAACUCUCAGUGUCAGGCAUUUGGCGCAAGAACCAUCGCCACGAACUUUCACCAGCCACCUUGCGUGACAGCGAGUACAUGACCACAUUGCUAAGGGAUGCUUCUACAAGCGCUCGCAAGAAGAUCCAGAAGAAGCUCAUGCCGUUCAUGCCAUACCUGAUCAAAGAUCGCACCGCACAGUCAGCUCUCAUGCGUCUUCCACGCGAGUUGCGUAACAGCAUCAUCGGCUUCGAUGUGGAGGAUCGCCCCAAGAUUCUAGCUCGCGAAGGCAGCGACUACAUGAAGAAGCACUCGAUGCCGCUCCUCCGCGUCUGCAAGCAACUGUACUACGAGACUGCGGAGGCACUGUACGGUGCUCGGCCUGUAUUCGUCAGAGGUAUAGACAAUUUUGACACCAACGCUCAGCACAAGCAGUUCAUACGUCGGGUGCUUCUGCAGGAUUUCUCUAAAGUUCUCCCUGAGCGGGCGGACGCGCGGAGUCUUGCAGCUCGCUGGGAGGAGAAGGAAGGAUUCAAACCAGGCACCGUGUUUUGCCAUUUCAAGGGCUCUCAGGAAAUGGAGGAGGACAGGUGGGUGAAUGCCAUGGGCAAGACAAUUGUAUUAAUCUCCACACCUUCGAAGGAGUGGGACUACUCGUGA